AUGUUUCUCAAGGACCACCGUUCUGGUCUAGGCGCCAUUGGCACGGCGGUCAUGGCGGAAGCCACGGGAAUUCAUGCGGACGUCCGCGAGGUCAAGCGUGACUUGGCGAGCGUGCGUGAGAGCGUUGAAGACUGCCGUGCCGAAAACAUGGUGUUCUUCGCAAGUUUCACGGCUGGCUUGGAAGCCGCUCGACAGGGCAUCGAAUUAAUGAGGAACGCUCCCCUGGAAGAGGCGCAAAUGGCCCUCAAGAACUUCGAGGCCAGCAAGGGUAAUGUGCGUUUUCUCGAGACAGCGCACAGCAAGGCCAUGACCGCUCUUGUGCAGGGGCACGCGCUGGAUGUGAAGCUGAAUGCAGCAGUCAUCGCUGUGUCAGCAGGCUAUGUCCAUAUGAGUAAGGUGAGUUCUUCCUUUGCCUUUAUCAUGGUCGUCAAAGCAAUAUUGUCGCAAGUCGGACGAGAAAAUCGAGGCCUCGGUUUGCGGCUCGCAUGA